GGCAACGGCGAAGGCAGGCAGGCAGGCAGACAAGGCAAGCCAGCAGUUCCUGUUGGGGGUGACGGUGUGGGAGAAGCUCGUUCGCUCCGCUCGUUCGCUCGGAGGAAAAGAUGCAAAGGAUUUCCUGCUACUGCAAAGAGACCACCUGGCCAAGGAAAGCCGCCGCCGCCGCAAAUCUGGGGCAAAGGGGAUGUGGGAAAUGCGGCCGCCCGGACUUGUGCAUCUUGGGCAAAAUCAUGGGGAUUAAAAGUGGAUUUACCUUGGGGAACCUCGUCUUUUUCUGGAUGCUCUCCUCUGUGAAAGGAUUUAUUUAUACAUGUGGUGGAACUUUAAAAGGACUCAAUGGAACUAUAGAAAGUCCAGGCUUUCCGUAUGGAUAUCCAAAUGGUGCAAACUGCACAUGGGUCAUAAUUGCAGAAGAAAGAAAUAGAAUACAGAUAGUAUUUCAGUCUUUUGCUCUAGAAGAAGAAUAUGACUAUUUAUCAUUAUAUGACGGGCAUCCUCAACCAGCAAACUUCAGGACAAGGUUAACAGGAUUUCAUCUUCCUCCACCUGUGACCUCCACAAAAUCUGUAUUUUCAUUACGAUUAACCAGUGACUUUGCAGUGAGUGCUCAUGGAUUUAAAGUAUAUUAUGAAGAAUUACAGAGCAGUUCUUGUGGAAAUCCUGGAACGCCAUCCAAAGGUAUUUUAUAUGGAACACAAUUUGAUGUUGGUGACAAAAUCCGAUAUAACUGCGUGACAGGCUACAUCCUAGAUGGUCACCCCCAACUUACCUGUAUAGCCAGUUCAGUAAAUACAGCAUCCUGGGAUUUUCCAAUUCCUAUCUGUAGAGCGGAAGAUGCAUGCGGAGGAACAAUGAGGGGAUCCAGUGGCGUCGUCUCUAGUCCUAAUUUUCCAAAUGAGUACCACAAUAAUGCAGACUGUACAUGGACAAUUGUGGCAGAACCUGGAGACACCAUCUCACUCAUCUUUACAGAUUUUCAUAUGGAAGAGAAAUAUGAUUACUUGGAAAUAGAAGGUUCUGAACCACCCACAAUAUGGUUAUCUGGAAUGAAUAUCCCAGCUCCAGUUAUCAGCAACAAAAACUGGCUAAGACUUCAUUUUGUAACAGACAGCAACCACCGAUACCGUGGAUUUAGUGCUCCUUAUCAAGUGAAAAAGGCCAUAGAUUUUAAAUCUAGAGGAUUUAAAUUGUUUCCAGGGAAAGACAACAGCAACAAGUUUUCUAUCUUAAAUGAAGGAGGUAUCAAACAGGCAUCAAAUCUGUGCCCAGAUCCUGGAGAACCUGAGAACGGAAAACGAAUAGGCUCAGAUUUUAGCUUGGAUUCAACAGUGCAGUUUUCUUGUGACGAAGACUAUGUGCUACAGGGGGCAAAAAGCAUUACCUGCCAAAGGAUAGCAGAGGUUUUUGCAGCAUGGAGUGAUCACAGACCAGUGUGCAAAGUAAAGACAUGUGGAUCUAAUCUUCAGGGACCAGGUGGCACUUUCACAUCCCCCAAUUUUCCUUUCCAGUAUGACAGUAAUGCUCAGUGUGUUUGGGUUAUCACAGCCAUCAAUCCAAAUAAGGUUAUUCAAAUUAAUUUUGAAGAAUUUGACCUGGAAAUUGGCUAUGAUACACUAACAAUUGGGGAUGGAGGUGAAGUGGGUGAUCCUAGAACGGUGCUCCAAGUAUUAACAGGAAGCUUUGUGCCGGAUUUAAUCGUUAGCAUGAACAAUCAGAUGUGGCUACAUCUUCAGACCGAUGAAAGUGUGGGCUCAGUUGGUUUCAAAGUUAACUACAAAGAGAUUGAAAAAGAAAGUUGUGGAGAUCCAGGAACACCAUUAUAUGGCAUCAGAGAAGGAGAUGGGUUUUCCAAUCAUGAUGUGUUGAGGUUUGAAUGCCAGUUUGGAUUUGAACUGAUUGGAGAAAAAUCUAUUGUUUGUCAAGAGAAUAACCAGUGGUCAGCAAACAUACCUAUAUGCAUUUUUCCUUGUCUAUCUAAUUUCACGGCACCGAUGGGAACUGUUCUUUCUCCCGACUACCCAGAAGGAUAUGGAAAUAACUUGAAUUGCAUCUGGACAAUCAUCUCAGACCCUGGGAGCCGCAUUCAUCUUUCCUUCAAUGAUUUUGACCUGGAAUCUCAAUUUGACUUUCUUGCAAUUAAAGAUGGUGAUUCUCCUGAUUCUCCAAUACUUGGCACAUUCACUGGAGCUGAAGUGCCAUCCCAUCUGACUAGUAACAACCACAUUUUACGCUUGGAAUUUCAAGCUGAUCAUUCAAUGUCAGGCCGUGGAUUUAAUAUCUCCUAUAACACAUUUGGACAUAAUGAGUGCCCUGAUCCUGGUAUACCAAUCAACGCACGUAGGUUUGGAGACAAUUUUCAACUGGGAAGUUCUAUCUCUGUGAUUUGUGAAGAUGGUUUUAUUAAAACUCAAGGAACUGAAACAAUUACUUGUGUUUUAAUGGAUGGUAAAGUCAUGUGGAGUGGACCUAUCCCUAAAUGUGGAGCUCCAUGUGGUGGACAUUUUGCAGCCCCCAGUGGAGUCAUCCUUUCUCCAGGCUGGCCUGGCUAUUAUAAAGACUCCUUGAAUUGUGAGUGGGUGAUUGAAGCAGAACCAGGACACUCUAUCAAAAUUACAUUUGAAAGAUUCCAGACAGAACUCAAUUAUGAUGUUCUUGAAGUACAUGAUGGACCAAAUCUUUUGUCUCCACUUCUUGGAUCUUACAAUGGUACACAAGUCCCUCAAUUUUUAUUCAGCAGCAGCAAUUUCAUUUAUCUCUUGUUUACAACAGAUAACAGUCGAUCUAAUAACGGAUUCAAAAUCCACUAUGAAAGUGUAAUGGUUAAUACGUACUCUUGCUUGGACCCUGGUAUACCUGUACAUGGUCAUCGUUAUGGACAUGAUUUUUCUAUUGGAUCAACUGUGUCAUUUGGAUGUGACCCAGGCUAUAGAUUAAACCAUGAGGAGCCUUUGCUUUGUGAAAAGAACCACUGGUGGAGCCAUCCACUUCCAACUUGUGAUGCUCUAUGUGGAGGGGAUGUUCGAGGACCCAGUGGAACUAUUCUGUCUCCUGGUUAUCCUGAACUGUACCCAAAUUCAUUGAAUUGCACAUGGACUGUGGAUGUAACACAUGGAAAAGGAGUGCAGUUCACCUUUCACACCUUCCAUUUGGAAGAUCAUCAUGACUACCUACUAAUCACUGAAAAUCGCAGCUUCACUCAACCACUAGCACGCCUGACUGGUUCAGAACUUCCAUCUCCAAUCAAUGCUGGUCUCUAUGGAAAUUUCAGGGCUCAAUUGCGCUUUAUUUCUGACUUUUCAAUAUCAUAUGAAGGAUUUAAUAUUUCUUUCUCGGAAUACAAUCUGGAACCAUGUGAGGACCCUGGGACUCCUCAGUUUGGAAGUAGAAUUGGAUUUAACUUUGAAGUAGGAGAUACUCUUACUUUCUCCUGUUCUUCUGGAUACCGCUUAGAGGGAGUUUCAGAAAUCAUCUGCCUUGGUGGUGGCCGAAGAGUGUGGAGUGCACCUCUGCCCAGGUGUGUGGCUGAAUGUGGAGCUUCUGCCACCACUAAUGAAGGAAUAUUACUGUCCCCCAAUUAUCCCCUCAACUAUGACAACAAUCACGAAUGUAUUUACAGCAUUCAGGUGCAAGCAGGGAAGGGAAUUAAUAUUUCUGCCAGAACAUUCCAUUUAGCACAAGCAGAUGUUCUUAAGAUAUAUGAUGGGAAAGAUAAUACAGCACAUUUGUUGGGUGCAUUUACUGGAGCUUCUCUAAGAGGACUAACACUGAGCAGUACAUCAAAUCAUCUUUGGCUUGAAUUUAAUUCAGAUGCUGAGGGUACAGAUGAAGGGUUUCAGCUCGUAUAUACCAGUUUUGAACUUUCUCACUGUGAGGAUCCAGGUGUUCCACAAUUUGGAUACAAAAUCAGUGAUCAAGGCCAUUUUGCUGGCAGCACUAUAAUUUAUGGAUGUAAUCCUGGUUACACUCUCCAUGGGAGUAGUCUUCUAAAAUGCAUGACUGGAGAAAGGAGAACUUGGGAUUAUCCCCUGCCAUCUUGUAUCGCUGAAUGUGGAGGUCGUUUUAAAGGAGAAUCUUCAGGAAGAAUCUUGUCCCCUGGCUAUCCCUUUCCUUAUGAUAAUAAUCUGCGUUGCAUGUGGAUAAUCGAAGUCGAUCCAGGAAACAUUGUCAGCCUCCAGUUUCUAGCAUUUGAUACUGAAGCAUCACAUGAUAUUCUACGUGUUUGGGAUGGUCCACCUGAAAAUGACAUGCUGUUAAAAGAAAUUAGUGGCUCUCUUAUUCCAGAAGGCAUCCACAGCACUCUCAAUGUAGUGACAAUACAAUUUGACACAGACUUCUAUAUCAGCAAAUCUGGAUUUGCCAUUCAAUUUUCAAGCUCUGUGGCCACGGCAUGUCGAGAUCCAGGCGUCCCCAUGAAUGGAACCCGUAACGGAGAUGGAAGAGAACCUGGGGACAUGGUGCUAUUUCAAUGUGAUCCUGGCUAUGAGCUGCAAGGAGAUGAGCGAAUAACCUGCAUUCAGGUAGAAAAUCGGUACUUCUGGCAGCCCAACCCACCAGUCUGUAUAGCACCUUGUGGAGGCAAUCUGACAGGAUCAUCGGGUUUCAUUCUUUCACCAAAUUUCCCACAUCCCUAUCCCCAUAGCAGAGACUGCGACUGGACUAUUACUGUUAAUAAUGACUAUGUAAUAUCAUUAGCUUUUAUCAGCUUCAGCAUAGAACCAAAUUAUGACUUUCUCUAUAUCUAUGAUGGGCCAGACAGCAAUAGCCCAUUAAUUGGAAGUUUUCAAGAUAGUAAAUUGCCAGAGAGAAUAGAAAGCAGUUCAAACUCAAUGCAUCUGGCUUUUCGAAGUGAUGGAUCUGUUAGUUUUACUGGGUUCCAUUUGGAGUAUAAAGCCAAGUUACGUGAGUCAUGCUUUGAUCCUGGGAAUAUCAUGAAUGGUACAAGACUUGGAAUGGAUUAUAAACUGGGAUCAACAGUCACAUAUUAUUGUGAUGCUGGCUAUGUUCUUCAAGGAUACUCUACACUUACUUGUAUCAUGGGAGAUGAUGGAAGACCUGGAUGGAACAGAGCCCUACCUACCUGCCAUGCACCUUGUGGAAUACGUUCCACAGGUUCUGAAGGAACUGUUUUAUCACCAAACUAUCCUAAAAACUAUAGCAUAGGACAUAACUGCAUUUACUCCAUUGCAGUUCCUAAAGAAUUUGAUGGCACCUUGAUCCACAAAAAAUGUCUCGUAUGUAUCCUGAC